AAACAACUUUUUGAAAAAAUUGGAAAGCUCUUUCCGGGUCAUAAAACUAUUAGAACAUAUUUUUGCUUAUACUUUGUUUGCUGAUAUCAACUGGAGCGACAACAUCACUAAAAGUAGCAACAAAUAUUCUAAUAAUUUUGUGAUCCGAAGAAAACUUUCGAAUUUACACAUAAAUAAGUUUUUAAUAAGUUUUGCAUUAAUACGAUUUAAUUAAUAAUGGUUGCUAGACCAGUUUGACUGUUUUGAAGAAUCGAAAUAUUGCGAAAACAACAGCUUAAUUUAAACAUUUUUUAUAUACAUAUGUAAUGUAAAUUUAAGAUAACAAUGAAAGUUCAGAGAACCCAAUUUCCUAAAUUGUAAUAUUUUGUUAGACAGUGUAGUUUCAGAAUAAUUGAAAAAACAUCUUCCGUGCGUGAAUGCACUGUAUCGUGCAGCCAUCCGAAGACUCUGUAAACUUAUUAUAAAAGCGAAAUGGGCAAUUAUUGCUAUCAGUCAUUCUCAGCUUGGUGUUCAAUAAUUUAGGUUUGCAUCAUGGGAGGCUGGGACCGCAAUGUUCUACUUGUGUCAUUUACAUUCGUUAUAUUUGCUCAUCAAAUAGACGCAUAUGAACUCAGCCCUUUGUUGAGAAAAUCUAAAGAUACCUCUAAAGUCGAACUGAUUUUUCAUCAUGCACAAUUAAGACCAUCGUCUCCACCAUCAGGAUUAAUUAGACAAAAUAAGCAAGCACAUGAAAUAACUAAACGCGCUAACGAAGAAAGUAACCAUUCUCGAUCAGAAGACGAUUCCUACGAUGUGGCGUUAGAGGAGCAAGCAGAGCGUACUGUCGAAGAACAAUUUACACAUGGAAAAACGGAUAAAACUGACCGAACAACUCAAACAGGACACGAAGAAGCCCAAAGCAGUCGCAGAAACUUCAUCGGUCACGAAAAAGGAAAUAAUCACGAUGAUCAUCACAAAAACGAAAUUCACUAUCACCAACACAAACAUUUGCACGAACACGAUCAUGUUCAAGAGCACAAACAUCAGCACAAAGACGAACACAAAUCUGUACAUCAUCACGAGCACAAAUCGCACGCCGAUCACAAGCAUCAUCACAAACAAGAACAUGAUCAUCACCACCAGGGUAAACAUGUUCAUGAAGUUCACGCCGAACAUAAGCACGAGCACCAUCAGAACCACAAACACCAUCACAAAGGCGAACAUAAACACGACCAUCAUCACAAAAACGCGCAUGAGCAUUGGGAAGAUCAUAGUCACAAACACAAAGAAGAAGCCAAACAUUCACAUGAGGAAAAAUCGGAACACCAACAUGAUCAUCAUCAUGAGCACAAGCAUCGAGCGAAGCACCAUCACAAGCACAAAGCUCAUCAUCAGCAUAAGCAUAAGCAUCAACAUGGCAGCAGCCAUCAUCACACACAUAAGAGUCAUCACAAAGUUAAGGUUAAUUAUAAGAAGCAUGGUUGGUAGGUUUAUUUAAAACCGUUUUGAUUGACGAUUUUGUUUUGAAUAUAUUCAGCUGUUAAAUAUAAAAAAAUGAUUGAACAUUCUUAUUUACGCCGACUGGGGUUUACGUUGAUCAUAUCCAUACGAAAACGACGUUAUUUACGAUCGAGCAAAGUGGUCUAAGAAUUGGACCAUAUGAAUUAAGAGACUGGGCAUUGGUCGGCUAUGCAUACACUUUACACCCACUUGCGUUGGCGACAGUUCGACAUACUUAAGAGCUAAAAGGUCCAUAAAUCGUACAUAUCUUUUUUCUGGGUUGCAUAUUGCUUCAUUCAGCGAACAAAAGCCGGACGCUAGACGCCGCCUCUCAAUCGAAAGAGUUCUUUUCGUACUUAGUGGGCAUUUAGGAAUUUAUGACAAACCUCUUGCUGUGACUGCCACUUCUCAAGUUUCAACAGUGAAAUGACUCACUUUUGGUUGGCAUUGAACUGAGACCUAUCCGUCAUAGAGUAAGUAAAAUAAUUAUUUUACUUUCUCUAUGCUAUCCGUAUAGAAAAUAGAGCUGGGUCGAAAUGGUCAAGAAAACCUAUUUUAAAUGGCUGCUAAAUACUUGCCAUAAUAUUAACCUAAUGCUGGGGCGGCCUGAUGAAUCACACGGAGUUUGAACCAAAAACCAAGUAUUUGCUUUAAAAUCUAAAAAUAAUUCAAGUAUGUACGUUUUACUGACUAUUAGAUCUAACACACGAUGAGGUUAAGUUUAAAUCACUAUAUUUAAAGCUAUUGAGGCCAAGGAGAGCCGAAACGCUUAUGUACGUGCGAGGCUUACAAAAAACGUUUUGACAAAAGACGUAUAGAAAAAUUCUCAAAAAUCUUAUCCGUAGGCAGGGUGGCCCUUUGCGAAAGAUAAGGAAUUUAGUCAAACGAAGACUUCUUUCCUUUCCGUAAUAGAAAGCCUUAAAAUUAUUAAAACAAUAUUUUUUUUAAAUCUCUAGUUUUAAUUGAUUUUUUCGUCAAAGUUAUCACAUUUUUCGUGCAGAAGUCAUGCAUUUUAUGAACCGACAUUAAGAAAAGAAAUUUAACGUUGGUACGACAAGAACAUGCCACAUUUUACAUCGGCAUGUUUCAAAAAUUAUUGGGAAUAUUUUUUUCAAACACGUGAAACAAAUCCGAAUCUGCGCUUAAAAGUAAUGAAUAACAUGUUGAAAUUGCUAUCCGAAUCCCUCAACGUUAUCAAAGAAUAAUCAUGAAAAUCGCGGCUGUUUCACGCUUAAUGGAGCAAAUCGUGAAACUGGGAUUUUCAUCAUUGAAAUGACAAGAUGCAAACUUUAUGAAUGAAUCUGUUUUACGUGCACCAGAUGGGAUUUUGUGCAGACCAAACUUGAGUUGCUUGUCUUAAGAGGUGUAAAAGAGUUUGUUAUCAAUUGAGUGAAGUGCUGUUUCACUACUGAAAGUGAGAGUCAGUAAAUAUUUGAUAAAACGAAAAUUAUAGCCUUAGCAGAAGAAGUUUGUAAACUUUUGAAUUUACUUAGUCGUAUUUACUAAGUUGAAUAUACUGAAUAAAGAGGAGACAACUGUUUUGUUCAAUA